UCGAUUUGGUUAACGUGGGAGGGCAAGGCGAGGAAGUGAUUCUUUGCCGUUUUCUACUUGUGCGGCAAUAAAUGGGGCUGGUGUGGGAGGGAGAGGAGAGGACUCAGAGAGAGAAGAGAGGCGAUUGGUUGCUGCAGAGGAGCACAAUAAAGGAUAUCAUUGAGCAAGAUUGCCAAAAGGAGAAGGUAAAAAAAUAGUAGAAUAAUUCUGUUGCUGUCAAUUCACAGCACAGCAAAUUGAAGAAAUCUCCUCGUCGCCUUUAUAAUAAUUUUAGCCGCUGCUGCCGCUGAUGAUGAUAUUGAUGCCUAUCUGUGGCACUGAGUUUUGUAAAGCUGCUGCUUUUUGGCAUCGGUCUGUUUCUUCUGCUUCUUCUUCUUCUCCUCACCCCUUCUGCCAUUUCUUGAGCACUUGAGUCUGCCCCGUCCUGUGUUUGGAGCAUGGCGGAGAAGGAUUUGCGGAUCGUUGGAAGGUAAAGAUUGGAUUUUUGAGGUCGGGAGGUGGGAAAGGUUGGAUUUUUGUAUUGGAAAGGCGAGAAAGGUGGGAGUUUUGGUUGGAUUUAUUUUUUUGGAUGGACGACGUGUGGGAUCUCAACGACGAGCCGACGGCGUCUCCGGCGGCCUCCGCCGAAUACGGGGAAGAGGACGAGAAGGGGAAGGCAGCGGGGGUAGCGUCGGCCGAUGAAGAGAACGAGGAUUCCGCCGAGACGUCCGAGGAGCGGGAAGCCGGCGUCGGAAGGAUCUUCGGGUUCUCCAUUUCUGGCUCGUCCGCCGUCGUGACUCACCAGUUCUUCCCUUCCGACGACGGGGAGGGGGUUCAGCCUGGGGAGAGCUCGGAAGUGGCGGCGGCGGCGGCGCCCCCUCACCCGCUUUGGAGUGGGAACAACCUGCGCCACCCGUCGGUGUCGGCGGUAGCGGAGGCGAGGCUGGCGUCCGUGAAGAAGAGCCGGCGAGGGCCGAGGUCGAGAAGCUCACAGUACCGUGGUGUGACCUUCUACCGAAGGACAGGCCGAUGGGAAUCCCAUAUAUGGGACUGUGGAAAGCAAGUGUAUCUAGGUGGAUUCGACACAGCAUAUGCAGCGGCAAGAGCAUACGAUCGAGCCGCAAUCAAGUUCCGCGGAUUGGAGGCUGAUAUCAAUUUCAGUUUGGAUGACUAUAAGGAAGAUAUAAAACAAAUGGGCAAUGCGACCAAGGAAGAGUUUGUUCAAGUGCUCCGGCGCCAAAGCACGGGCUUCCCUCGAGGGAGCUCCAAGUUCAGAGGGGUCACCUUGCACAAAUGUGGGAGGUGGGAGGCCAGAAUGGGCCAGUUCUUAGGCAAAAAAUAUGUAUACCUGGGGCUCUACGAGACCGAGAUCGAAGCUGCAAGAGCUUAUGACAAGGCAGCAAUCAAGUUCAAUGGGAAGGAUGCUUUAACCAAUUUUGAUCAUAAAAUCUAUGAGAAUGAGUUUGACAUACCGACUGAUUCUGCUGAGCAUGAUCUGGACCUAAGCUUGGGGACUUCAUGCUCUAAAAGAAACAACAUCGAGGUUGUGGACGAUAACACUUCCGAUAUCGUCAAUAAGAAUUUGUACAAGGCUUCUGAUUCAGGAUGGAAUCAGAGAAUGGGAUUUAAGGCUGAAGGAAGAAACAACCCUGGAAUGUUCCAGCAUAGCAAUGGGUUCAUUCAGUAUCCAAGUCCUAAAGUCAAUGAAACAUUCAACUACAUUCCUUUCCAAUCGAACACCAGCAGUGCCUUGUCGAUGUUCGACGUAAUGCCACAGCAAUUCAACCUCAAUAGCUUGCAUCAAUUUCCAGGAGGCAGCAGCAAUGGAGAAGGAUCAGGCAAAUGGCCUGCAUUAUCGAGCAGCGAUGAGGAACGACGACAGCGGCACAUGGGUUGGGGGUCGGGCUUCAGCUUCGGUCCACAACUCCGUCCGCCGCCGAACGGUUCGCCGUCAUUAGUUUUGCAGCAUCAUCAGGAUUCCUGCCACCGGUAGCAAAAUCAACCUCCAGUGAGCAACCAUGUUUUCCUUCCACCCCCCCUUGCACACCACGACAACAACGUCAAACAUUUGCAGCUCCUUUUACGGUGUAAAAGACGAUUAAUAGAGUGUCUGUUGUGCCGUUUGGUCAAUUGUUCCUCUAUUUCUUUGAAGAUUAAAUCAAUCAAUAAGUUGCAGCUUCUUGCA